UGCGUCGGUUUAUUAAGAGAACUUCAGUGAUUUCAGCGUUCACUCUGUUAGACUCUGAAAGCGGUGUGAGGAGCUGAUAAAGUGCACGAUGCUGCAGAACACAGGAAAGCUGUCCGGUUCCACCCUGUUCAUCACCGGAGCGAGUCGAGGCAUCGGUAAAGCCAUCGCGCUGAAAGCUGCCCGAGACGGUGCCAACGUGGUGAUCGCAGCCAAAACUGCUGAGACACACCCCAAACUGCCCGGAACCAUCUACACAGCUGCUGAGGAGAUUGAAGCAGCAGGAGGAAAAGCUCUGCCGUGUAUCGUGGAUGUUCGUGAUGAGAAGCAGGUCAGCGAGGCGGUGGAGAACGCCGUGCAGAAAUUCGGAGGGAUCGACAUCGUGGUGAACAACGCCAGCGCCAUUAACCUGACGGGAACUCUGGACACGCCCAUGAAGAAAGUGGACCUCAUGUUGGGCAUCAAUCUGAGAGGAACGUAUCUGACGUCUAAACUUUGCAUCCCGCAUCUGUUAAAGAGUAAAAACCCUCACAUCCUCAACCUCAGUCCUCCUCUCAACCUCAAUCCCAUCUGGUUUAAGAACCACACAGCUUACACCAUGGCCAAAUACGGCAUGUCCAUGUGUGUCCUCGGGAUGGCUGAAGAAUUCCGUGGAUCUAUCGCUGUUAAUGCACUAUGGCCUCGUACAGCCAUUCAGACUGCGGCGAUGGAGAUGCUCGGAGGAUCAGGCGUGGCGAAACGGUGCAGGAAGGUGGACAUCAUGGCCGACGCUGCCUACGCCAUCCUCGGCAAACCCGUCAGCUACACAGGACACUUCAUCAUAGACGAGGACGUCCUCAAGAAGGAGGGCAUUAAGGACUUUGACGUGUACGCGGUGCAGCCAGGUCAUCCACUGCUUCCUGACUUCUUCCUGGACGAAGAUCCUGAGACACUGAAGGAGCAGCUGCAGGAUCACGAUGCCACUCCUGAAAAAACAAGUGCAGACGCUCCCUCCAGCCCCAUCGCUGAUAUCUUUACUGUGAUUAAAGGUGUGAUCAGCCCCGAGGUGAUCAAAUCCACGCAGGGGGUCUACACAUUCCAGCUGUCUGGAGAGCACGCCGGAGUCUGGUAUAUCGACCUGAAGAACGGUGCAGGUGCAGCAGGCAGCGGAGAACCCCCAGCCAAGGCAGACGUGGAGAUGAGUCUGAACAGUGAAGACUUCAUCAAGAUGUUCACAGGGAAAUUAAAGCCCACCAUGGCCUUCAUGUCCGGGAAGCUGAAGAUUAAAGGUGACAUGUCUCUGGCCAUCAAAAUGGAGAAGAUGAUGGCGUUGAUGAACAAGUCCAAGCUGUAAUCUGUGAAAUGUUCUGGUCUGUUAAACCAUCAGCUAUUAAACCAUUCUUAUUUUCA